UCCGUGUUGCGGUCAAGCGAAGAGCAGACUCCAAUUCCACAGAAUAAGUUCAUGGGCGACAUUGAGGAGCUGGCUGCUAGCUAUGAACGCAAACUCAUCGAGGUGGCUGAGAUGCAUGGUGAAUUGAUAGAGUUUAAUGAGCGCCUGUACCGUUCGCUCAUGGCCAAAGACCACCUCAUAAUCCAGAUGAGACAGGAGCUCAUUGACCUGAGAGGACCGGAACAUCCUGCGUGUAUGGAUGCUUGGGUUCCAGGUGAUUUAAGCCAGACGUCAGAUGACCCUAGCCUGUCAGAUUUUGAGACGGCUCAUCGCGCUCUCAUCAACGUAUGGAUCCCCUCUGUGUUCCUGCAAGGCAGAGCUGCCAACGCCUACCACGUCUAUCAGGUGUAUAUCCGCAUCCUGGACAAUGAGUGGAAUGUGUACAGGCGUUACACUGAAUUCAGGGAGCUCCACAAUCAUCUGAGAUCACAGUUUCCUCAGGUGGACACCUUCAACUUCCCACCCAAGAAAGCCAUAGGGAACAAGGAUGCCAAGUUUGUGGAGGAAAGAAGGAAGCAGCUGCAGGGCUACCUUCGCACGGUGAUGAACAAACUGAUCCAGACGCUGCCAGAGUUCACAGCCAGCCCCACCAAAGAGACGCUGCUGUCGCUGCUGCCUUUCUGUCAAGACACACCCCAAGCCAACGAUGGCGGAGCCAAGACGCCACGGUCGAAAACUUCGUCACGUUUUCCCAGACUGGGCCGCAGGAACACCCAGGAAGCCAGACCUGAACCUCAGAGUGGUGACCUUUAACCCGAGGGCCUUCGAACUCAGAUCUGGGGACGAUGUUGCAGUGCCUCUGGACCGUGAACCACAGGCUCAAAUGUGUGAAAGGACAUUUGGAGCAUCUGAAGGACACUAAAGGCGUUACAGAUAAAACGCCUGUGUCACCUAAACCUUCACUGCAGGCAAUUCCAGGAGAAUAUGAAAAGAUUUCUUUGUGUUGCCUGGCUAAGUAAGGGAUGAAUUGCUCCCCUGAAACUGCCUAUUGAUGGACCCAAUCAAAUAGUGUCUUUUACCUCACUGAGAGACUGAAAGACUCUCUGCCAAGACUCUUUGUAAGACUCUAUAAGCUGCACAUGGACUAGCUUGGAAUCCUCUCUAUUUUCUCAAACACACUGGGAUGAUGGGGACAUGUUGUUUUUCUUAAGUUUUGUAGUGAAAGUAUUUCAUGGUCACAGUGCCUACAGUAUUUGUAGCUGCAUUCCUGCUCUGGGUUGGUAGGGAACGGGUUUGCAUGUGAAGGAGGUCAAAGGGGGGGAUUAAAGUCUUUGGUUGGAAAUGAUUUUUUUUCUUUGCUUAUGUUUCAGCAUUUUAGUGCCAUUACAUUUUUGGACAACACUGAUUCACCAUCAGUGGCGUGGUGUGGACCACCAGGCAACGGGCAUUCCUUCUUCCUGCUUCUGAUAUAUUAUAUGACUUUUAUAGAAAAUCUGUGAUAUGUGUAACAUAACUUAAUGUUACCAUGGGUGCAGUAAUUAUCAAAAGAAGUUAGAAAUUCAAUUUAAUAAUCACGGUAAAGGAUUUGGUUUAAACACCACUGGUAAACUAAAAUAUCUAAGAGACUGUGAAAAAGUCUGGGGAGUCAGUUUUGCUUAAAAAUGAAAAAAAAAGUCUCUCCUUUUUCCUUUCCUUCAUAGUUUUUGAAUAGCCCCUUGCUAAAUGAAUGAAUUGCUGUAAAUGAGUGUAAAUCCAUAUGUCCUCUCAAAAAUACAUGAUCACAUAACCAGUGAUCUUAGUUUGAUGCACGGUUAUAAGGUUUGGGAUAACCACGAUUGUGACUUAGAAUAAAAGCAGCCACAUUUUAUGAGUAAAUGCAAACAUAAUAUUGACAUAAAUAUUGGCCCACACCUCUUUAUUUUCGAAUUCAGGGGUUUUCAGUCCCAUUGCCACAGGUCUAUAAAAUCAAGAACCUAGCAGUGUGCUCCACCUUUGCAAAUUUUACAAACGCAACCAACUGUGAGAGGUAUCACUUAGAAGAGGAAGCAUUAGGAGAACGGCAACUCGAGCCACAAAGUUGCAGACUAUGUGUAGUAACAAAGCAGUGUUGCCGAGUGCUGAGGUACACAGUGCACAAAAGUGACUCAAUAUCUGCAGGUGUUAACAUCAGCUUAGAAACUGCACCAGGAGCUUCAUGGCAUCGGUUCCCAUGAUCGAGCAGCUCCUAUGGAUGUAAUGAGAUGGGCCAGUACAUUUGUCCUUGUGUAAUAUCAAUUCGUGUCGUACAUAUUUUAAGAUUAGAAAACGGUAAAAUAACAAAAUACCACUAAAAUUGACCAAAUAACUCUUUUACCGAAAAAGUUGACUUUUCUGUAAAAUGCUAAUAAACAGAACGCGAUCAUCUGCAAAAUGAUUUCAUGAUAUUGAAAAUGAUACACAAGAAGCACUGAGGCACAUCUUGCACAUUUAUAAAGCACCAUUAAUGCUGACCCAUUAUUUCUCCAAGACAAUGCGUUUUGUCACAACAGCACGGCUCUGUAGUGAAAGACUUGGGGAGUUAAUCUGACCAACCUGCAGUGCAGACCUAUUACUAAACUAAAACAAAAGAUAUGACAAAGGAGGCUCUAAACUGUGAAACAUUAGAAAUCUUAUUUUUUUAAAAGUAAGAUUAAUAAAAUAUUUCACUUUUAGAACUACAGCAGCUGGUGUCCUCAGUUCUAAAAUGAUGCAAGUUAGUGGAAAACAUUGUGUCUUUGGGACAAGAGACUGGCAUCAUAUUUAAAACGGACACGUUUUCAAAAACAUCUAGAAAAAUGACCAGUUAUAACAUUGGAUAUGUUGUCCUUGCAUCCAUUUUCAAAUAAAUAUGGGUCUUUAAAUUAUUUGCAUAUCAUUGCACUCUGUUUUUAAUUAUAUUUUAAACUGGUUUGUUUUUGGGAGGGGGGAACACGAUUGUGAAAUAGCUGUGUUUUGGAGGUUUACCCUCCUAUUCAUUAUAUAAAUAUGGGUGAUUAUCAAAGGUCGACUGACUGAACUGCAAUUCAAUAUUUAAUGAUUGUUUUGCUAAUGUGUCUUAGCAAGAUUUUCAUGCGGCGUUAUGUUGCAAAUGAAUGUUUUAAAAAUGACUAAACACUUGAAGAAAAGCUGCUUGUUAGAGUGCAAGCAAAGUGCUGCCAAGCAUCAAGUGUGGUGUAAAGCAGGAGCUCAUGCAUAUGCAUAGAUUACGCAAGAGUAGUCGGACUACGUUCAAAUGAGUGAUUGUGUUAGAAGGGCUUUGGGAAACUUGUAUCAAAGGGGGCGGCUCGCAAAAGUGGUAAACACUCCUGACUAUUGUUGAUGGGAGGUUAACAGAAUAAGCCUCGUGUGUUUUUAAUUAAGUUGAUAUUCUAAAACACACAAAAAACGACCCUCACUAGUAUCGAGCCGCUGCUAAGCACUCCAGUCGUGGCAGGAAACUGUCACACGACUUUCAUCAAUACAUACAGGUUUUUAAUCCCUGAGAUAGUUAUUAUCAUUCCUUUUAUAUGACUGUGAUACAAUAAAACACUGCAGGUGCAGAACUGCCUUAUAGAAAAUAAGCCCACAGAUCAUGAUGUGUGUAAUCUGUACUGCUAGCAAACAUGUCGUGUGUUCAUUGUAGUAAUAAAAAAGCAGCUGUUCAUUCAUCAGUUUUACAGUGAAGGUGGGAAUCAUUUAACUUUUCAGCACAAAUAUUCAUACGAUAUAUGUGGUAGUGUCCUGUAUAGCAACUGUAUGCAGCAUCAAUCAGAAAGCCACCAUCACUGAGCUUUAGACUGGGUGGUGCCCACAUUAAUCAAACAGCUCACACAGCUGCAGUUGAAGUUUAGGGUGCAUUUAGCUGUUAGUGGCUAAUAUAACCUAAAAGACAGAAACAAGGAGCUAAUUUAUCAGAUUUGUGCAGCUCCCGCUAAUAACAAAAAGCUUUUGUGAUUUAAGACUUAAGAAACCCUUAAAGCAGCUGAUUGAUACGCUUUGGGGUUUUUAUAGCACUAUGAAGCAUCCAUAUACACGCUGUUUCUGUUUUGACCAAGGCUCCUGAUCUCCUGUUGAUGUAAUCAAUGCAGUAUAUUUAAAACUUAAAAAAAGCUUUGCAAUUAUUUUAUUUUGGAGAAAAAGCACUCGAUACUCCACAGGGCUUAUUUUAAACCUGAAACUCUGUGACCACUGCUGCACAUCACACACUUCUUUACGUAUUUCAGGUAGUCUUAAAAUGCUCAGUGGUGGAGCUUCCCUUCUUUUUGGGUAGAGUUUUCAGUACAUCAGUAUUCUUUCAAAUGAGUCCAUCUCCUUCCCCCGUAAUUGCUUGCUGCACCUUGAGGCUGGUAACAAGAGUGAUGACAAACAAAGAAAGUGAAAUUGGCUUAUUGAGUUGCAGCCAAACUGUUCUCUUUGUAGUAUGCCUCGUGUGUUCUUAUGUACUUUUCUGUCCUUGCCUUUUGUCGGCGGCCUGGCCUUAUCCAUCACUGUCACAGCAAAGAGGGACUGAACAAUAAAGAGUAUCGCAUCUACGCUA